AUGGAUUUCAUUACAGGAUUGCCCAAUUCUCGCCGUAAGUUCAAUUCUAUUUGGGUCAUUGUGGAUAGGCUGACGAAAUCAGCUCACUUUCUCCCAGUUAGGACCACAUAUUCAGCUGAAGACAAUGCGAGCCUGUAUAUCAAGGAAAUAGUUCGGCUACAUGGAGUUCCGUUUUCUAUUAUAUCUGACAGAGGUGUCCAAUUUACAGCUAAUUUUUGGAGGUCUUUUCAAGAAGACUUCAAGGGAAGUUGGGAAGAUCAUUUACCGCUUAUUGAGUUUGCCUACAAUAACAGUUAUCACGUCGAUAUUCAGAUGGCACCUUAUGAGGCACUAUAUGGGAGGAAAUGCAGAUCUCCUAUUGGCUGGUUUGAUGUUGGCGAGACAAAGUUGCUAGGACCUAAAUUGGUACAACAAGCUAUAGAAAAGAUUGUUCAGAGAAUUGGGCGAGUAGCCUACAAACUUGACCUGCCACCAGAAUUAGAAGCAAUCCAUCCGGUAUUUCACAUUUCCAUGCUUCGGAAAUUCUUAGGUGAUCCUUCUUGCAUCAGCCCUAUCGAGGAUAUUGAAGUUUCUGAGAACUUGUCAUAUGAAGAAAUACCUGUUGCCAUUCUUGACCGUCAAAUCCGUAAGCUACGGACUAAAGAGGUAGCCUCAGUAAAAGUACUUUGGAGGAGCAAUAAUGUAGAGGAAAUGACAUGGGAGGCCGAGGAGGACAUGAAGUCCAGAUACCCCCAUUUAUUUGAGUCUUCAGGCGAUAUGCUUGAGACAAAUAUGGCAGGUGUUGCACAUAUAUCAACCAGUGACAGUUGA